AUGCGAUUUCUAUCUUGCUUCUAUGUUCUUUUCGCUGCGCUUCUCACCUGGAUCACACAUGCCGCUCCUACCAACGGUGGCGUCAAUUGCACUCAACUCGAGCAGCAGAUUGCUACCCUACAACAGGGGAUCAGCAAGGCCAAUAGCACCAAUCCCGAGAGGGUUCAGGCUGCUCAACAGCUUCUGGACGGUGCGAGGAUCUUGCAAGCCAGCGAAUGCAACACUGCUCUGGCCAAGCGCAUAAACUACGCUCCUCCCACUGGCCCGAUUAAUGUGCCAUCUCUGGAUCUAGUGACCUGGGUCGACUCCACUAGCUGUAAGUGGCCGCCGUACUCUGAAUCAGAUCCCUCAGUCACUAAUCCCAGAGACAGAUGCGAGGAAGACCAGUCUGUGAACGAAACAAAUCCUUGA